AUGUCGUACAUGCUCCCUCACCUGCACAACGGCUGGCAGGUGGACCAGGCCAUCCUCUCGGAGGAGGACCGCGUCGUGGUCAUUCGUUUCGGGCACGACUGGGACCCCACCUGCAUGAAGAUGGACGAGGUGCUGUACAGCAUAGCGGAGAAGGUAAAAAAUUUUGCAGUUAUUUAUCUCGUGGAUAUUACAGAAGUACCUGACUUCAACAAAAUGUAUGAAUUAUACGAUCCAUGUACUGUCAUGUUUUUCUUCAGGAACAAACACAUCAUGAUUGACUUGGGCACAGGCAACAACAACAAGAUCAACUGGGCCAUGGAAGAUAAGCAGGAGAUGGUUGACAUAAUUGAGACUGUAUACCGUGGCGCCCGGAAGGGCCGGGGCCUGGUGGUGUCCCCCAAGGACUACUCGACCAAGUACAGAUACUGAGGCGCGUGCCAGGGCCUGCAUGGUGCCAUGGGGCCCUUCCCUGGACUUGUCCUGGUCUGUUGAGAACUGGAGGGCUAAAGGUCACACACCUUCACUAGCUGAAGCAAAUAAACACCUGAAGGAUCACCCACCACUGUUUGUUCUUAAGAACCUGUGUAGCUGACUGAUGUUGGUGGUCUCAGUUAAUUGCUACCUCACCCUUGCAGAGGGGUCAAGGUGUUUUUCCUGUGGGAUUGGAUUCUGCAGUCUUGAAUAGUUUACCAGGGCUGCCAUGGCCAAAUAUGGUAGACCUAGUGGCCUUUACCCCAGAAAGCAGAGUUCACUUCUGGAGGCCAAAAGUCUGAGGUGAAGUUGCAAGUGGAAUGGGUUCCACUGAGGGUGAGGGGAACGUGGAGGCACCCACAGUUCUUAUGUCCCUUGGCUGGGAGUUGCUGUACUUGAGCUCUGCCUGUCUUCACAAGUGCAUGUAUAUGUCUGUCUCCAAGUCUCCUUCUCAUAGGGAUGCCAUUCAUUGUGACUUCAUCUCAUAUCUGCAAUGACCACAUUCCAGGUAAGUCACAAUCUGAGAUGCUAGGGGUUAGGACUUCUGUGAGUGAAUUCUGUGGUGAUAUUAAUCUAUAACAGAAUCCAAAGUCUUGAUCAUUUUCUGGUUAUAAAAACAGUGUAAUGCCCUUUGGAGGCUUCCCUGUGGGCAGUUGAGCUGUUUCUUUUUCUUCCUGAGGUUGGGUUUGAUGUGCUCGCACACAUCCUGUUCCUGAGGCUCCUGGUCUAUCCAGAGAACAGUCUCCUUAUUGCACUCCCAGGCUCCCAUGGCUGGAAGUCCCUGUCACCUCUCAGUGCAGAUUCACUCUAGUGAAAGCUGGGGGCACAUCUAGAGGGGCUCUGUUGGCCAGGUGUCCUUGGGCAGGUUGCUUUCUACACACUUAAAGUGCUGAGUGCUUGGUUGGUAUGUGGUGGAGUGAGUGAAGUGCUCACUGCCGUAGUUAAAACACAUGGAAUACCUGAAAGAGUGAAACAGAUUUCUUAUCUACAUAUAUAGGUAAGAAUGCUUCUUAAUUGGAUUUAAAAUUCAAAUGUGGGCCUGGGGAUGCAGCUUAGUAAUGGAGCACUUGUCUAGCAUGUAUGAAGCCCUGGAUUCAAUUCCUGGCACUGCAAAAAUGUUUUUUUUUUCAAAUGCAAAUCUGUAAUUUAAUCUCUCUGGUGUCAGUUUUCCCAUUUGUAAAAUAGGGAAUUUAAAACCAUUUUGCAUUGUUAUGAGGGAUUAAUAAAAAAUAUAAUCUCAA